GAGAAAAGAGGAUUUACAUGGAGAAAGAUAAAUAUACGAAAUAUCAUGUGGUAGUAGAUGUUAGACAAUGUUUAUACGUAGCUUAUGUGUAUACUAUGUAUCUUGUAUUUGUACCUUUGUGUACCCCUAUAUAUAUAUGAGAUAGCCACAUCCGUAUUGGGUGUCGAGCAGUUUCCCAAACCCUAGUGUUUACAUGGUAACCGAUUAGGUUUCGAUAGCUUCCGCCCCGUCCCGAUCGCUUCGACCCUGAUUGUCCCGGAUGGCGUCUGGCCCGACCGCCGCCGUCUCGGCCGCCGCCGCCCCGGCCUCUCCCGGCUCUCUGUUCCUGGCCUCUCGGCCGUUGCUUCCCCUGGUCGGCGCCAAUCCAUCUGCUGGUGUCCCGCCGGCGUCGUCGAACACAGCUAGAUCCAUUGCGCCUCACGCGGCCGUGCCCGCGGAGCCGUCCCGCGCGAUGCAUGUGAACGUGCAUGGGGCGGAGCAUGCAGCUCCCUCUAGCGUGUGGGCUGCGUACGGCGCCAAUCCAUCAGUUGCGUACGGCGCGUUGCAUGCGGCCACGUACGGUCUCUACCUCCAGCGGCGUACUCCGCCUCCGGCUGCGUAUCCUCCGGCCUCGUACAACGCUCCGCCCCCGGCUACGUAUCCUUCGGCUGCGUACAACGAGUUGCCCACGGUUCCACACAGUGCGCCGCCCGAGUCCUACGUUGUACCUACGUCUGCUGUGGUGCCCUACAGUACUGCGUCUCCGAUCUACGGCGGGUACCAGCCGGCUUCUCAGAUCACGUCGCCCUAUGGUGCUUCCCCGGCGCCGUAUCGUCCGUCGGCUGCGGCUCCUUCAACGGAUCUCAUUCAUCUCUCGCCGGUGCCUGGUGGUGGUCCACAUCAGGGCUACUACACGCUGCAUCUGCCGGAUCAUGUCGUCGCUGCUGCACCGUUUUACUUCGCGCACCUCAUCCCGGUGAAGCUCACGACGGAUAACUAUUUGUCGCGGCGUGCCCAAGUGCUGCCGCUUCUCCACAGUCGCAACUUGGAGGGUUUUGUUGAUGGUACUCUGUUGUGCCCUCCACCAUGUCAUCCAGGGCAUCAUGUGUGGGUGGCUCAAGAUCAAGCCAUCCUAUUUGCUAUCCAGUCCUCUCUCACGGAGGGAGUCUCGUCGCUGGUCAUCUUCGUCGCUGCGUCUCGGGACGCGUGGACGGCUCUUCACACCAGUUUUGCCUCGCAGUCUCAGGCGCGAGCUCAUGCCAUUCGCACUGCGCUUGGGGAUGUGAAGCUUCAGGACCUCACCGUCAUCGACUACUUCAACAAGGUGACGGGUAUGGCUGACACACUUGCCUCCAUUGGCAAGGUGCUUGGUCCGGAAGAGUUCACUUCCUAUGUGCUCAACGGACUGCGACGACUAUGAUAAUUUGGUAGAGAAUAUCAAUGGUCGUGACACUCCCAUCCAGCCACGCGAGUUGUAUGCUCGCCUUCUUGCUACGGAGCAGCGCAUCCAGGCUCGCCGGUCCACGUCGAGUUUCCCUUCCGCCAACGCUGCCACGCGUGGGAAGGGCAAGCCCUCCAAGCCACCAACCGGUGGCAAGCCUCCGUCGACCGCACCUAAUUUGCGGAACACCACUACCUCGACGGGAGGUCGAGUCCGUGCCUGUUGCCCUUCAUGUGGUGUUGAGCUCCCCUGCCGGCUAUGUGGACUUCAUGGUCACCUUGCCUCCCGUUGCCAUCGUCGCUUCAAGCAGGAUUUCUUGGGACUCGGGAACAAUGGCAAGGGUAAUGAGAAGCAGGCUGCCCUGGCGAGUCAUGAGCAGGGGCAUACUCCUUAUCCAGUUGAUGCGUCUUGGUAUAUGGAUACGGGAGCUACCAAUCACCUGACGAGUGAGAUGGGCAAACUCUCUUUCACAGGAGCCGUACCGUGGGCACGAUCAGGUUCGCACCGCUAAUGGGGAAGGAUCGGGACACGAGGGACGUUCUUCUUAGAGGUCGACUGCGCAAAAUAGUCUUUAUGCGCUUGAUGUGCCACCAGCUCCUAGUGCCUUUAGUGGUGUUCGUGUGUCUCCAUCACAUUGGCAUGCGCGCCUUGGUCAUCCUGCCACUCCCAUCGUUCGCCAUGUAUUUCAUCGUCAUGAGCUUCCAGUUGUGUCCAAUAAACAUGUUGAUGCAGUUUGUGAUGCCUGUCAGCAAGGCAAGAGUCAUCAGUUUCCUUUUUCUAAGUCGAGUCAUGUAGUCCAUAAACCAUUUGAACUUGUGUUUUCGGAUGUAUGGGGCCAUGCUCAAACUUCUGUUAGUGGUCAUAAUUACUAUGUCAGUUUUAUUGAUGCUUAUAGUCGGUUCACUUGGCUUUAUCUUCGUAAACGCAAAUCUGAUGUGUUCAAUGUUUUCUUGCAAUUCCAAGCGCAUGUUGAGCGCCUACUCAAUCACAAAAUCAUUCAUGUGCAAUCAGAUUGGGGGGUGGGGGGG